CCAGCCUGCCAUCACCACCCGAAACAAUCCGUCGACUUGCCAGUCAUCUUUUCAGUUGCUAGCCAUGGCUUUCCGCUACCUCAUCCCCCUGUGCGCCCUGCUGGCAUGCGCCAACGCCGGUCUCCUGGCUGUGGCCAAUCCCUCCGUAGACGCGGUGGCCGCCACCCAGCAGAAUGUGGUCCGCUCCUUCGCCGGAACUGUUUCCAGCUACUCCAAGGCUGUCGAUACCCCGUACUCGAGCGUGAGGAAGACCGACACCCGGAUCCAGAACAACGUCUACACUCCGGCCAUUGCCAAGACCACGUAUGCUGCUCCUCUGUACACCCAGGCCACUCCCAUUGUGGCCAAGACUGUGGCUGUCCAUGCUCCGGCUCCGGUGGUCGAGAAGACUGUGUACGCUGCUCCUGCUCCUGUGGUUGCUAAGGCUGUCUAUACUGCUCCUGCUCCAGUUCUGGCCAAGACUGUCUACGCUGCUCCUGCUCCCGUGAUCGCCAAGACCUAUGCUGCCCCAGCUCAUGUUUAUGCCGCUCCUGCUCCAGUAAUUGCCAAGACCUAUGCUGCCCCAGCUCCAGUCUACGCCGCUCCUGCUCCAGUUCUGGCCAAGACCGUCUACGCUGCUCCUGCCCCCGUCGUGGCCAAGACCGUCUAUGCCGCUCCUGCCCCCGUCGUGGCCAAGACCGUGUACGCUGCUCCUGCUCCCGUGAUCGCCAAGACUUAUGCCGCCCCAGCUCCUGUCUAUGCCGCUCCCGCUCCCGUCUUGGCCACCACUAACAUUAACCACGGACCCGCUGCCACCACCUACACCCACAAUGCUCCCGCCCUGGGCGUCUCCAGCUACGGCACCUCCCAGACAGUUCAGUACUCGCCCGCCGAGUCUGUUUCCCACAUGAGCUUCGACGGCUUCGGCACCCACUGGGGUUUCUAAGCCUUGUUAUGUCUCCGGCUAUUGUUAAAGCUUCUUGUUAAUGUUUGGCGGUUA